AUGGCCGAUCAGGUAGAUUCAAUGUCAGAUGCGGAACUCCGCACUAAACUAGCCGAGCAUGGAUUUCCGAUUAUGCCGAUUACUGCUUCUACCAGAAAGUUGCUAGUAAAGAAACUUAAACUUGUCUUAGAUAACAAAAGUAAACCACGGAACAGCGUUGAUCCUAAAGUUGAGAGCAGACGGUCGCUAGCACGUUAUUCUAGUGGCGAAGAGUCCGAUUUAGACGCCGCCAAUUUAAAAGAGAAACGGGGGAGGCGUGCUACAACUGGCGGGUCUAUGUUACCACCUACGAGCAGUAAGACUCGUCGUUUGCCCGUUAAGAAAGAUUCUCCUGUGAAACCUGACUCAGACAAAGGUUCUGAAUCUGAGGAGGAAAAAUCUCCUGUGUGCGUACGUGAAAAAGUUGAAACUGUUACCACGCGUCAUAUUACACGCACAUACGCCAAUGAACAAGAUGAAUAUGAAACCGGGUCUGAUAGUGAUGUUGAUAAUGAUAAAAAGACAUCUAGUCCAUUUAGAAGCAAUUCUAGGUCCAGUGAUUAUAUUUCUAGCACUUUAUCGACCAAUGACGCAGCCACUAGCCCUCCUAAAUCCUCUCUAUUCUCGCGACCGUCUAUUUCACCUUCUAAUUACACAUCUCUGUCGUCAUCAGAUCAUCUAAAUUCAAUAAGAUCACGACUUGGGUUAACAUCAUCUUUAGCGGACAGACCAUCUGUGAGUAAUUACACUUCUAACUACACAAGUACUUACCAACCAUCCACAUCAUCGGUAGAUGAAGUAGAAUCUCCAUAUUUAAGUAAUUUCACUCGCAGACUCUCUUCUCUGAAGGCAGAACCUCUAAAACCUACCUCUUAUUUGGACCGUGAUAUAAACAAUGGUACUACAGUUCUACCACGCCGAUCCUUUGUCACCAGUGUUUCAAGAUCUGAUGUAGUUGAUUAUAAAUCAGCAAAUGAUAAAAAAUUCUUGAAAAAUAACCUCGUGUCACUAGCUCUUGUUGUGUUGGUUGCACUUUUUUUUUUUUGCUUAUUCUUUAUGUAUCUAGUUAAAAAAAAUGACAUCACAUCUGUGGUGGAUGAUCAAAACAGUGUAAUACCAAUAUGUCAAUUAAAUAUACCUGGAAAUAGGCCUGGUAUAAAUUGUGUGCCAAGAGAGCAUGUCAGUUAUGCAAAAGAUCUUCUGAAAGUCAUACAUCCAGAACUAACGUCUAGAAUUGCUGCCUAUAAAUGUGGUAAGCCUGGAGCAUUGCCAUAUCUGACAGAAAAAGAAAUUAUAGACUUUGCAAGUGCUAGAGCAGAGACAGUUGAUAUUAGUCAGUGUCGUACAGAUCUGAACAAUUUGCAAGUGUUAAUUGUAAACAACCCUCGAUGGGGCCUCUCUGUUGUUCAGUUGAAGAGUUCGUAUACUAGAGACGUGGAGUACACACCUCUAUCUUCCACUGACUCUGUUGUCCAACAACGUCAUAAAGGGAGCGUAGCUAUAACACUAACAGACCCAUCUACCCCCUUAUCUUGUUUGUUUGUUAAUACUUUAUACUCGGCUGGUUCAACUGUAGUUAUAGUUGGACUUAUGGGUAUCAUAGUACUUGGCUUGCAAAGAUUUUACAAGUACUAUGUAAGAUAUCAGAAAAAGAAAAGUGAGGAAAUCUACUCUAUGGUUGAACAAAUUAUUGAUAUUAUCUCUCAAGAAACUGAAGACAGUGGGGAACCAUAUAUAUCAGUUGACCAUGUGAGGGACACUUUGAUAUCCCCACAGAAUAGAGAAAAAAUGGCCUCAACUUGGGAUGCUGCUGUUAAGUUCAUUCAGAAAAAUGAAAGCAGGGUGAGAAUGGAGGUUCAGUCUGUCGAUGGUGAGGAUUGUAGGGUAUGGAGGUGGAUUUCUCCACAUGGGAGCCCGAAACGUAGUGCUGCAUGGCAAGGGCAGGCUUUUGAGACUCAGGAGGGUUCUGUAAACAAUCUUACUGUGUCCCCCACUCCUUGUCUUAAAAUUCGUCAUAUGUUUGACAAAAACGAUAGUAACCCAAACCUAAGAUCAGUCAUUCAAGAUGCAAUUUUAGAAAAAUGCGAUGAGAAGUGCAACAUUUUGCAUAUCGAUAUUGAAAGGGCAUCCUGUUGUGUUUAUGUCAAAUGCGCAACACCAAUUGAUGCAGGCAUCGUCUAUAGGAGUUUACAUGGCUGGUGGUACGAAGGCAGGCUUAUUACAGUUAAAUACUUGCGCUUAGAGAGAUACAUGCAAAGAUUUCCAAAUUCACCAUCAGUUGGACCAUUUUUAAAGCCUUCUCGUCCAAAGCGCUCCUGGGAGGAAUGA